UUGCCGGCCUACUGCAAGAACAGCCAAGACGACUGAAGACAGCACGAUUUCAUUUGUACACCUUGCAUCAAGAUAUCGCUCCACAGAUACGCACACGCAACUAUGCCACUCUCGUUGCCAUCGCCAGACCGGGCACCCAAGCACGAGCGAGAACCAGAACCGCAGCAAGUGUCCGCCGAGACCAUAAAGGCCCAGAAGAGCACUCCCAUUUUGGAAACUCUCAAGACAUUUGCAGUGCACUCGCCCAUAAGCACGUCGUCCACAAGAUCCUUUUCAAUGCUUCCCACUAUGCCAAGGUCCACCUCGGUAGCAGGACCUGCCACCUCGCCGACGACUCCGUUCAUGCCUCCAGCAAUCUUGCCAGGGGAAGCAUUGCCAGGGAACUCAGGGAUGGGAGGACCAACGUCAUGGCAGUGUACAAGAUCUCUUCCCAUCAGGUCACAUCCACGGUCGCUACCGUGUUUCUUCGAUCUAGACAGCCCUCAUCUGCCUUUGCAUGCCGCGUCGCAUUGCUACACAAACAAAGCAUCGACUGACAGGUGUAUCACCACCGAGGGCAGGAACGAGAUGAUAUGCCGGUUUCGCGCCAUCCAUAGACCUCCGCACCUGCUGGGCCCCUCAGAACCUUUGAACUUUGCUGCGUACGGAGACGUGGUGCAGGACACGCCCGAGCAUCUACACAUCAAUAUCCGUUUCGAGCACCUCCACAUGGUCCAUGCUAUCAAGCAGGCGUGGGUAGAGAGGUAUACUCAGCCAAAUGCCGAAUGCGUCUUGCGGCUGGGCGAGCCGGUCAUGCUUGACGAGGUCAAGCAUGAGAUUCAUCUGAGCAUGACACAACCUGCCGACCUGAUAGGAGCAUUGAUGCCCAGGACUGAGGAGGCUGGAGAAGCUGUGAGCGUCCACCACCCAGAGAGCGUGCAUGACAUGGGAACAGCCCCGGCACCAGAGACACCACUGGUCGUUCUCGGAGAGUCUGUUCACAGGUGUGGACGUUUCCCAACGAGGCCAGCACCGCUGUCUCUGAGUCCGGUUUCUCCUGCUUGGAUAGCCUCAAAAUCAUCCAUGGUUGACGCAAGUACACAAACCGAACGAGGAGAUGAUUCCGUAGGAGAAAGUGAAGUACAGGUCGUUGCAUGUGACGAUUCUCGAAUCGUAGACAUGGCGGUGGAAGGCGUCGAAGUAGCCUCGUCACCGCAAGCAAGGGCUGCAACACCUGUGGUGUCGGCUGGUGGCAUCGUGCUAUAUCCGAAGAAGGUCGAGUCGUGGGCCGAGAUCGUCAAGAAGUCGUGACGAUAGAUUUGCCAAUGGUGUCUGGCACAGGCAGAGAAGAAGAACGGGGCAGGAGGCUAUGCGAUGAACCAGUGUAACCCAUGUCUAAGACAUCGAUGGACGAUAUUGAGGAGACCACGGGGGCAUACCCCAUCAGCUAUGUUGAUGAAGCAUUCUG